GAGAGAUCCAUUUCGGGUCCUCUGUUGAUUCAACGCAGCAGCCGCCAUUUUGUUGUCAGUGUUUUUAAUAACCCGUGCAGGGCUCAUCCCGAAGAGCGAUAGAUUUUUGUAUUCCGCUUCUUUUGGUCCUUUCGAGGAUGUUUUUACGCUAUUGUUGGAUUUUUAUUGCCCGGGCGAGAAGGGAACACUUAAAUAAUCGAUUUCAAGAUAAAUAUCCGGGCGACCAUGCUGUUGCGUAGGAAGGGAGGAUUUUGAUCGCAAGUUAUGUGAACGCCGUUCUGGACCGCUAUUAAGUUUGAAGGUGAGAGGGCUGGGCAUUUGGGAAGGGACGACAUUGCUUCAACCCAACAAGGAUAUUUUUACAACCUCUGCUUUCCCCCCCUUCCCCUCCAUUCCACUUCUUUCUUCCUACCUGACAUCUGCACAGUUCUCCAGUACCUACCUAUACCUGCGAGUGAGAACAUCCUGUCCCACUCAAGCCCCCCUUGUUCCCCAAAUCACCAAUGGAUCAGAGGACACAGGGGGGGCCCUCUACACCGCCCCCGCUCCCUGUCAAUGUCCCUCCAGCAGAACGCGAAAACGAGGGAGUAGGAGGAAAGAAGGACGAUGAAGAGGAAAAGAAAAAACAAGAGAAACCAAGAGAUGGGGUACAAAGUGAAACUUGUGCUGCUGAAAGUGGGACGAGUGACCAGCAACAGCAGCAAUCUGCACAGUUCUCGGUCAAAGAAACCAGUUACUCUGAGGGAAAUGUCAAACUCAAGAUAGGCCUACAGGCCAAGCGCAUGAAGAAGCCUCCUAAGAUACUGGAGAACUAUGUCUGUCGUCCAGCCUUCCGAGCCACUGUAAGGCAUAGUGGAGGACGAGGCGGAGGACGUGUUAAUCGUGGGGCCGGAGCCAGUGAUGGGAGCAACCACACUUCUAGCCCAAGUCGUGGAAAAGGAGAGAAAAGCCCCUCUGUCAGCCGAGGAGCAUCUCUAUCAUCUAGUGCUCCUGCUGCUGCAUCUCCCUCACCUUCUCUCCCUCCUCCCGUUUCCACCAGCCCAGUAACUCCUGUGAAUGGAAGUGCUCCAGCAAAAAAGGCUCCUCAAAAACUUGCCUGUAAGUCAGAGGGAAAGGCUGAUGUAAAAUCCGUUGCUUCUUCAGAGAGACCCCUUAAUCUUCAUCGCCCCAUGACGGAAAGCAAAUCACCCUCCUCUGGAAAGAAAAACCAGCUUCCACAAACCAACUCUGCUUCUACCCUAUCGCCACCGACAAUGCCCCCAGCUACCACAUUGCAACAGGACCCCAAAACAGAUGGGAUCGUAAAAACUCAAUACAAUUUUACUGAGGGGCAGAAGGAACAAGACCGGGGAAUUUCUGCCUGGGGUACUCCUACAGUAACUGAGAAGCUUGCUCAGCUCAUAGCUACAUGUCCGCCGUCAAAGUGCCCUAAGCCAAAAGCCCGAAAGGUGUCACCAGCUCCAGCACACAGUAGCUCGCCUCCCUUAAUUUCUAAUCUGCAGCGCCCUGAACGGGCUAUGGCCAAUAGGAACACCUAUUCCAGGGCGGUGCACCUUGCCCCACCACCGGUUUCACGGCCCCCAGGUCGCCCAUAUGGGUCCAAAAAUAAAGACAGUAUUCUGGAGAAAUUUUCUGGCACCUCUAGAAAAGAGGAAUCAGAUGGACUUUCAAAAGGGAUCACCAGUAGCAACAGCAGCACAACCACCACCACCACUAGUUCUGCACUGUCUCAAAACAGUAGUCACUUGACGACAUCCACAAAUGAUAGCACUGACAACAGUACCACCAAUGGAAUGGAAUCUCAAUCUCAUCUUGGGCAUUGCCCAUCUCAUUCUUCCUUCACGGCUUCUCUUUUAUCACCACCACCAUCUUCCUCUUCUUCAUCCUCCUCCUUAGAAAGAAUAGGAAGUACAGGCUGUCACAUGUGUUUGCCAGGCUCACUAGCCUCACGGCCUAGAGCAAGCCCCUCCCAAAUAGAGGAGUUUACUGAGAAAGACAAAGAGCGUGGCACAGAUAGACCCAGAGAUUUAAGUAAAUGCUCUACUUCAGCUAUGCCAGAGAAGCAAGAUACUAAAGAAAGGUGUUCUUUGUCAGCUCCUCGAAGUGAGAGGGGUAAGAGCUCUAGUCCCAAUCAGGAAAGUCGUGGUAGUGGGGUACCAAGUCCUGCUGAGUCCACCAAAUGCACUAUUUCACCUUCAUACCCUUCUGGUGCCAGCAGGAGCCCACCACAACUAUGUGAUGACACUGGGGCUCUAUCUCCUGCAUCACCAGCUGAGCAGGAUUCAAAGCCUCUUAAGAAGCGGCGAGGACGACGGCCUCGCUGGACGAAGGCAGUGAGUCGCACCCACAAGACUUCACAUGAGGCUGCUUCUAACCAUCAGAAACCAAUGCCAUCAGGGCUUUCAUCUUCAGUUCUCUUGGAACGUCCCUCACCUACACCCUCCCCACUUGGAGCGAGGGCAUCACCUGAUACAAGAAGACCACACCCAGCUGUCCCAUCUCCUGCUUUGGUUGGACAUAAAGAGAAGCACAAGCAUAAGUGCAAACGCCGUGGACAUGGCUGUCCUAGCUAUGACAAACUAAAAAGGCAAAAGCGAAAACGCAAGAAGAAGUACCUGCAGCUGCGGUCACGUCGACAAGACCCAGACUUCUUGGCUGAUUUGGAUGAGAUCUGUGUGCAGCUCAGCGAUAUACGAAUUGGUCAUCGCACACCAACACUUCGUUUGGGUAGCAGUUUGGGUCUGGGUGCUGGGGCAGCAGGCCCGGGCCGUGGGUCUGCCUUGGGAAGUGCCAGAGCCAGCAGCAGCCUUGGAGGUGGAACCAAUCCACCACCCCAUCACUAUAUACACCGAGAUCUCUUGCCCACCAUCUUCAGGAUCAAUUUUAGUGGAUAUUAUUCACCCCACCCAGCCUACCCAUGUGAUUCACUUCAUUAUGUCCGUAAGCCAGAUCUUAAAAAGAAAAGAGGGCGACCACCUAAGCUCAGAGAAUCUAUAUCAGAAGUACCUUUUGUACCUGGGUUAGGCUUUCCCCUCUCCAGUGGAGGUUUCUAUCACCCCUCUUAUGGUGUUCCAUAUUCUUCUACCCCACUGGGACUUGGCUACUAUCGUGGUUAUACUCCAGCAAGUGCCCUGUACCCCCACCCCCAUCACCAGGCUCCUCACUCUGGCCCAUCCCACCAUGUUCAUUCUCCUUCUUUUCCUCCACCUCCGCCCCCUUCUUAUGUCCAUCACCAUCACCCCUCCCACUUGCUUCUUAACUCUUCCAAAUUUCACAAGAAGAAACAUAAGCUGCUUAGGCAGGAGUAUCUAGGUGGUGGUCGUUCAUCAGUACUCUAUCCUGCAAUGUCGUCCGAGCUGUCAUUUGGCUGGCACCACAAACACAAGCAUAGGCACAAGCACCGUGAUCGCGGUGGAGAAGAGGAGGGUGAUGAUGUUGGUGAAGUUGUAGGUAACAUUGGAGGCAGAAGUGGAGGAGGUGAGGGGUUGGGGGUAGGAAGAGGGGAGCGAGGGAGUGUAGAGUCCCUGCAGCGUUGCCGGUUCGGGCGAGAUGGUUCUGGUGACUCCAGUGCUAACAAACAGGCAGCUUCUGCCAACUCACCUUCCUCUUCCUCCUCAUCUUCUGCAGAACGGUACAAGCGAAAAGAAGCUUCUAUGUCUUGUCUUGGACCUUCGCGACUGUCUUUGGGCAGCGUGAGCCGGGGACAUCAUCCAGUUGACUCCUGGUUCAGGAUGGGAAGUUCUGAUACUGAUUACUCCAAACUCUCUAAAAACCAGUCCCUUUCUGGGUCUGGUGCAUUCUCUGAAGGACAUGUGCAAAAUACAGUGGAGUGCUCGGAGAGUGAUGAAGAAGAUCCUGCUUCCCCCAUUGAGGAGGCAGAGACCAGCCACCACACUAACUUGUUCACAUCUGCACUAUCUCGAACCUCCCUCAAAGGGAGUCGUAGCAAAAAAGGUAGAACAUCAGAGAGCACCAGUCUGUCACGGUUGGAUCAGACAGUGAGAAGAGAUCGUUCCAAAUCUGCAGAGAGAAGAGAUAUGGGAAAUGUGUCCGGCACGCAGAACCGAGUUGGCCAAUCCAUUGUUCCUGAGGUUUCUGAGGGUCCCCAUCAUCGGCACCACCAUCACCACCACCCUCCUCUGUCCCUCUCACACUCUGCCUCUUGCCUUUCUCACUGCACUCUUGACCAGCCUGGAAGCACCGCAGCUCUCCGGCCCUCCAGCCGCCAGGCUAGUCCCUCCACAUACUCCUCCCAGCCUGCAUGCUGCCGUGACUCCCCCCCUUCACAUCACUCCCAUCGGCCCCCUCCCAAAAAUAACCUGCACCAUGUCAACAAGAUCCUCCGUGCAAAGAAGCUCCAGAGGCAAGCACGCACAGGAAACAACAUGGUGAAAAAACGAGGUCCAGGCCGUCCCCGCAAGCACCCGCUGCCCUCGCCUCCCCCAUCGCCCCCACCACAGACAUCUGAACAGGAGAACCUUCCUUUACCUGAAAGGCACAGAGGAAGUGUUCUGUGGGAGGAAGACACCGUGGUUGACGUCAUUGAGUCUGUAAUACAGAGUCAGCACAGAAAGGGACGCAAGAGAAAACGCUGGGAAAGGGAGACAGAAGGAGGUGAUGAGGAAGACGAGGAACCAGAGGAGGAAAGAGAGGUGGAGGAAGAAGAAGAACGACCAGCUGCUAGAGAGGAGGAUGUGAUGGCGAGAGCAAGAAUAGAAGGAGGGAGGGGAUGGUUGACGCAGGAGGACAUGCAAUGUUUUCGCAGUGCACUGGAGGGAAAACAUGAUGGCCAGUCCUCCCCUGAGCGCACAGGCCCUACUUCCCUGGAACAAGCCCCAAACCCAUCUGUGACCAGUCAACGGGAGAAGAGAGUUGCUAGACCACCCAAAAAGAAGUUUCAAAAGGCGGGGCUUUACUCUGAUGUGUACAAGACUGACGAUCCUCGCAGUCAGCUGCUACAGCUGAAGAAGGAGAAGUUAGAAUACACUCCAGGUGAACUUGAGUAUGGCCUUUUUCCUGCCCCCAUUAAUGUUGGGAAAUACUUGAGACAGAAACGCAUUGAUUUCCAGCUGCCUUAUGACAUCCUGUGGCUUUGGAAACAUGAUCAGCUCUACAAGAGACCUGAUGUGCCUCUCUACAAGAAGAUCAGAUCCAAUGUCUAUGUGGAUGUGAAGCCUCUUUCUGGCUAUGAAGCCACUACCUGUAACUGCAGGCCACCUGAAGAACACUGCGAGAACGGCUGUCAGGAUGACUGUCUAAACAGGAUGAUCUUCGCUGAGUGUUCUCCAAGUACAUGUCCGUGUGGCGAUCAGUGUGAUAACCAGCGUAUCCAGAGGCAUGAGUGGGUGCAGUCCCUCGAACGCUUCCGGGCUGAAGGGAAGGGCUGGGGGAUCCGCACCAAGCAGUCCCUACGUGCCAGCCAAUUCAUCAUCGAGUAUUUGGGAGAAGUGGUCAGCGAACAGGGGUUCAGGAGUCGCAUGAUGGAGCAGUACUUCUCCAACAGUGGCCACUACUGUCUGAAUCUGGACAGCGGCAUGUUCAUCGACAGCUACCACAUGGGCAACGAGGCUCGCUUUAUCAACCACAGCUGCGAGCCCAACUGUGAAAUGCAGAAAUGGUCGGUGAAUGGAGUGUACCGUAUUGGUCUGUUUGCUUUGAAAGACAUCAACAGCGGAACAGAACUGACAUAUGACUACAACUUCCACUCCUUCAACACAGAAGAACAGCAAGCCUGCAAGUGUGGCUCAGAGGGUUGCCGUGGCAUCAUUGGCGGCAAGAGCCAGCGAAUCAAUGGGCUGCCUGGGAAAGGGGGUGGAUCAGGGGGCGGAGCCCGGAGGCUGGGGAGACUGAAAGAGAAACGCAAGUCCAAACACUCACUGAAGAAACGGGAGGAAGAAUCCAGUGACAGCAGCAAGUUUUACCAGCACCUUUUAAUGAAGCCUAUGUCAAACAGAGAGAGAAACUUUGUGCUGAAACAUCAAGUGUUCCUGCUGCGGAAUUGGGAGAAGAUGCGGGAGAAACAGGAACUUCUGAAGCGAGAGGGAGAACGAGAGAGGGACAACAGUGGUCUUUCUCCUUACACCCGCUGGGGAGGAGUCAUCCGUGAUGACGGCAACAUCAAGUCAGAUGUAUUUCUGACUCAGUUCUCAGCGCUGCAGACGUCACGCUCUGUGCGCACACGCAGACUUGCGGCAGCUGAGGAGAACAUGGAAGUUACACGCACUGCACGCCUGGCACACAUCUUCAAGGAGAUUUGUGACAUGAUCACAAGCUACAAGGAUUCAUCUGGUCAGACUCUCGCUGCUCCUCUGCUUAACUUGCCUUCGAGGAAGAGGAAUGUACAGUACUAUGAGAAGGUCACCGAUCCGCUAGAUCUCAGUACCAUAGAGAAGCAGAUCCUCACUGGACACUACAAAACUGUCGAGGCAUUUGAUGCAGACAUGCUCAAAGUGUUUCGCAAUGCUGAGAAAUAUUAUGGGCGUAAGUCUGCUGUAGGUCGUGAUGUGUGCCGGCUGAGGAAGGCGUACUACGGUGCGCGUCAUGAGGCUGCUGUCCAGAUUGAUGAAAUUGUGGGCGAGACGGCCAGUGAGGCCGACAGCUCUGAUUCGCUGGAGAGAGACCACGCCCACCAUCACCAUGACGGAGGAGGCAGCCAUGACAAAGACGAUGAUGUGAUUCGCUGCAUCUGUGGCAUGUACAAGGAUGAGGGGCUCAUGAUCCAGUGUGAGAAGUGCAUGGUGUGGCAGCACUGUGAUUGUAUGCGUUUGGAGGCGGAUGUGGAGCAUUAUCUCUGUGAGCUGUGUGACCCUCGUCCAGUGGACAGGGAGGUCCCAAUGGUGCCCCAACCCAGCUAUGCCCAGUCAGGAUCCAUCUAUUAUAUAUGCCUGCUUCGUGAUGACUUACUAUUGCAUCAGGGUGACUGUGUGUACCUCAUGAGAGACAGCAGACGCACAACAGAAGGUCAGCCAGUGCGUCAGUCAUACCGCCUCCUGUCUCAUAUCAACAGAGACAAACUGGACAUCUUCCGUAUCGAGAAACUCUGGAAAAAUGAAAAAGGUGAGAGGUUUGCCUUUGGUCAUCACUACUUCCGUCCCCACGAGACGCACCACUCUCCUUCCCGUCGCUUCUAUCAUAACGAGUUGUUCCGAGUGCCUCUCUAUGAGAUCAUACCACUGGAGGCGGUGGUGGGAACGUGCUGUGUAUUGGACCUGUAUACUUACUGCAAGGGUCGUCCAAAAGGGGUAAAGGAACAGGACGUUUACAUAUGUGACUACCGGCUGGAUAAAUCGGCACACCUGUUCUACAAGAUCCACCGCAACCGGUACCCAGUGUGCACCAAGCCCUAUGCGUUCAACCACUUCCCCAAGAGACUGACACCGAAGAGGGAUUUCUCACCUCACUAUGUGCCGGAUAACUACAAGAGGAAUGGCGGCCGCUCUGCCUGGAAGAGUGAGCGGCCCAAAGGUGCAUCAACGUGUGAUGAAGAGCCCUCCCCCAGCGCAUCAUGUGAUCGGCUGACUGCUGGCUUCUCGAGAGAUGGGGACGAGGACGGAGGGAGAGGAGCAGAGGGAGAGAUGGAGACCACGCAGGAGGACUCCAGCGCCCCUGUAUCCCAGCUAUCCACAUCACAGGAAAGGAGGACAGGUGGGGAGGAAGAAGACAUGGCCGAAGAAGAGGAGGGUGGAGAGAGGGUAGAGAGGAGAGAGACGGAUGAGGGCUCCCGAGAGAAGGGAGGAGGAGGGCGGGAUGUAUUGGACGCCCCAUGCUUAUCCUCACUCUCCUCUUUACCUCUUCAUCCAUCAAUCCUGGGAAGAAGGGAAGCACAGAGAGAGCGACUGAACAAGAUUCUGCUCGACCUGCUGCACCGGGCGCCCAGCAAGAAUGCGAUAGAUGUGACGUAUCUUCUGGAGGAAGGCUCUGGUCGCCGCCUCCGCAGACGGACACUUGGAUUGAGCGAAUUUAUUUGCAGGAAGUAAUGCUGACAACACUCUGCCGAGCACGCCUGCAGAGCAGCAAGAGAAUAAUGAAAAUGGAGGAGCAGAGGUGGACUACACCUGGCAACAAGGGGGAAAGCAGCGGUGAAAGACGACACGUUCAUAUUUAUAUCUUGCAGCUUCUUUUUCUAAAGGAGCUACAAGAGAGACCAGCCAGAGCUUCGUGCACUAAGGACAUGCAAUUUGCUGCAAGUCAUCAACCUUGAUGCAUUUAAAAAGUACAAGUGUCAGACAUAGGAAAGUUUAAACUGAAGAAAAAAGGCGACGCUUUGAAAUUAUAACCGAAUUAUUACAGAUGAACUAUGACUUCACUGGUCAAAUGUGUCCUAUGACUAAGUGGUACUAUAUUUGGCCUUCGUUUCAGGUGCAAAUGGAAAAAUGGGAGUCCGGCGCCACCUUAUGGUCGACAAUGGGAAUGACUUGAGUACAGCCAAGAAAGAAAAUGAGGCAAAAAAAAAGAAUUAGAAGCAUCAUAGGAGGUGCAGUGUAGCGCACACACUGCCCAUAGACUGAGAAAAAGAGAGAAAGUAGAGACCUGAGAAAGAACGUUGGCUAACUGCACUUUUAACAACAACAAGGACAGCAUUCGCUCCCGGAGAUGUACGGAUAAGACACACUAACACUCACGCAGUAUUGAUCAAUGCUGUAUGGUAAAGCAAAACAUAAGUAUGUUACCUUCUUUUUCUGUUUGUUUUUUGUUAUACUCUAAUUACAUUAGGAAUGGAGCACGAGGGGGGUAUCCAUAUCUGUGAGCUCGGGACUUCGGGACUGGGCUGGAAUGUUUCGCUUCUGUUAUUGUGGCCAUUGUGAUUGGUUAGAAUGGCUGCCAGCCCCACCCCUUUUUAAAAAGUAUUUAAUUCACCAGCUCAAAAAAACAACAAAAAACUAAAUCUAGCUGUGGAGGUGCGCUGGCUUUAUAUAACGCCUUAGAAUGCCGUUAUCUUGAGCGUUUUUUUUGUUUAUGGUAGUGUGUGAGAUUCUUUACGGUGUUUGUGUGUGUGUGUGUGUGUGUGUAUGUGUGUGUGUGAGAGCCCAUUCUAAUAAUAUAAAUACGAAAGAGGAAACAACUAAGGGCUUGACAGCAGUUAAUAAACAAGUUAAAUUCACAAGAACUUAUUGUAUCAUGUGAUGUCAUAUUUUUUGUGAGUGGCUUGUAGGGCAGGUGGGAUGGGGUCGGGUCCAGGUUUUAGUGUUGUUGUUUUCUUUUAUUGUUUUUAAUGGCCUUUAAUGUUUGCCAUGGAGAAUGUUUAUAAACAAAAUCAUGAUGAGAGUUUUGCUCUUAAUGCAUCAGCUAUGACAGAUAAGUAUUUCAAACCCCUUGGAUGGACCGACAAGAAAAUACAAAAAAACAAUGAAAACUGACAAACGAAAGGAAAAUUGUAUAGUGCCAAGUUAUGUAUAUAAACAGACGGCAAAAUGUGAGAAAUGUCUCCAAAAGCAAUAUCUUGAUAAUGGAUUUUGUGUAUUGUAUUGUACAGGAUUCAGCCCUAUAUGUAUUAUUAUUAUUACGAUUCUUAUGAUUAUUAUGCGAUUUGUAUUGACAGAACUGUCAGAUUUAACAUUACGAGAUGUGGACGAGAAAGCGGCAGAUAUUAUGAUUAAUAAUCGCAACAAAUUUCCUGCGCAAGCGACAAACCGUCUGAAAGUUUGUUCCUCAGAAACAUGAAUUGAGCUCAGUGCGAGAGGGAGGAUUGUCUGAUGGACUUUGUCGCAGUGACCCCACACCUGGCACCCGUCACUGUAAUAAUUAAUAUUAACAUUAUUAUAAUUAUUAUUAUUAAUUUUGAGGAGAAAAAGAUAUAUUGUUCCUCGUUUUUUGCUGCAAAGUGUUGAACACUAAAAAAACAAGCCAACAUAAAAAUGUAAAAUGAUAUUUUGGCAGAAAAAAAGAAGCUGUCAACCCAAUAUCAUGUUCUUAAUCUCCUUUUUUCAUUUUUUUUUUCUUCAAAUGAGAAUUGGACAUUGUUCUGUUUUUUUGUGAUAGUCAUAAAUAUAAUGCUUGUAUUUCUUGUAUUUGUGUGUUUUUGUGUGAUUUGUUUAGUUAUUUUUAGACAAUCACAGAAUAAGAUGCAAGCAUUGUAUAUGGACAGACUGGCAGGCAUUUUGUGAUGUUGUGUACAGUUUGUCGAAACUUCUUCCACUCUGGUUCAAAGUUUGUAAUUAUAAAGUCAUGAAAAAUGCUGUUGGGUUUUUACUUUUUUGUUUUAUAUUCUAUUUGUUUUGUUUGUUUGUUUGUUUUUUAAUAAAAAGCACUACAUUAUUGUGAAUAUA